UCAUUAAGAUUAAAUCAUAACUAAAGAAAUGUCUGUUGAACAAAUUGCUAUUGAAAGGCGCUUGAGUUUUGUGUAGUUUUUUCUGUCUGCAUUAAGCAUCGAUCUUUUAACAAGCUACUGCAUAUCUUCUUGAAUAGAAGAAGACUUUACCACCCAGGUAUAUUUUAGAAGAUCUAUUUUAACAUCCUGAUUGGUAUACUCAACGUUUACCUGAUGUGAAUGAAACUUUAUUUACUUUGAGAGAUAGCGUGAUAAAUAGAUUACUAGUAUUUUGACUGUACAGUCAUGAAAUAUAUAUGAGAAUUAUUCAGAGAAAUUAUAGAACUAUUGAUACAUUUAAUUGUAUUGACCUCUUUUUCCAUUGAGAUUUGAUAAUUCCAUGACUAAAGAAGAGAUUUUGCAAUAACCAUCGGCAUUUUAAGAGAAAUCAUUUCUCCUCUGAGAAAUUCUUAAAUGGGAUUACAACAAAUAACCUUUAUUUAGAAGAAAAGAAUCUGAAGUCAUAGAUAAUUUAAAAAAAACUGGCAAGGGAGUACUGAGUUUGUCGAAGCUCAAGUGAAGUCUCUUUUGAACAUAAAGUUACAGUUGUUUCUGUAAAUAGUUGUUGACAUUUUCUAAUGAAUGGUUUGCCAUGAUGGACACCUGUAUAGUAUAACGUAAUUAUCGCUUGAUGUAAUUUUAGAUCACCUUGGGAAUACGAGUAAUUGAUUUUCUUUCAUAAUUACAGCAAUUGACAAUUUCUAGGGAUUAUUGAUUAAUUUUGUCAUUGGCUGGAAGAAACAUAUCUAUUAACAGAGCUAUGAAUGUGCACUUUGUUAAAAUUGUUUCAUGAAAUAACAUCAUAUUGAAUAUUAUUGACCACAUAUUGGAGAUACCAGUACAGACGCUUCACAACUAAAAAUGAGGGGAGUGCAGUUAGACGAACCUUCAACGCCUAUCACCAAACAGUGGAACCAAGACUUGGAAGAGUUUGUUCGACAACUGUCUUCACCAAAACUUGAUCUCACAAACCAAACACAAUCAACCGAUUUAAAACAAGGGGACGAAGUAAUGAGAUUGCCAUCAGAAUUGUGUACAGAAAUGAAAGAAAAGUGCACAAUUUCUUGUGAAAAAACAAAGGAAAAAUCUACACCAAAGAAUUGGAGAAAAAGAAUAAUGGACAGAAAGAGUAGUUCGGGAAAAAUAAGUUCAUUUGACAUUGAUGAAGCAGUUGAGUUAUCUUUUGACAGUACUUCAUCUUCCUCGGGGCUUAAAGACAGUAAAGUAACAUUUAGUUGUGAUACCUCUCCUGAAACAUCAGACUUUGAUCUUCAUUCAGACACAAAGUCAAUAGAUUCAAAACAAAGCUACACCAAGAAAGACAAAGAAUCCAAACGCAGACGAUUUAAAAGAAUGAUUACACGACCAUUACGUCGGAGUCACAGUGCUGGUUGUACCAAUGACAUUCCUGCACAUGCACUGUUCGUUGAAUCGGAUCCAAGUCAAAAUGGAGAUACGAUGGAAAGUCGUGCUAUGGAAUUAUCAUUAUAUCACCAGAGAUUUAGAAGCGAUAGUGAUGGUACACAAGACAGAGAACUGACAAGAAGGGUUCAUAAAACAUGUUCAGCAGAUGCUACAAUGAUGAACUCUCCCGAUUUUAUGACCAAUACUUCACAACCAAAAUCUAAAUCGAGAAAUUUAGGGUUUAAGAAUAUGAAGAGGAAGUUUCAAAAUCUACGACGCAGAAACACGGACACAGCACUUGUUCCUAAAUUUUCUCUACCUCUGCAUUUCACGAUUCCAACGUAUGAUCAAGCCUUUCAGUGGAGUAAAUCAUUUGAAUCCCUGUUAACUGAUAACAGUGGUUUGGAACUAUUCAAGGGAUUCUUGAAGUCCGAAUUCAGUGAAGAGAACUUAGAGUUUUGGAUUGCUUGUGAGGAAUUCCGUUUUUCUAAAGAACAUAAUGUACCAGUGCUUGCACAGAAAAUAUAUAGCGACUUUGUUGCUUUCCAGGCACCAAAAGAGGUUAAUUUAGAUUCUACCACAAGGAUGACGACUGUUUCAAACUUAGAAACCCCUUCUAAACAAACAUUCGAAGUGGCACAGCACAAAAUUCAGGCAUUAAUGGAAAAGGAUUCAUAUCCUAGAUUCAUAGAAUCAGAACUAUAUCAGCAGAUAUUAGAAAGCGUAUCGAAAGUAUGAAGUUAUAAUUGUUACGCUCUUAAAUAUUAUGAUGUUAUAUCAUCCCCCGGGAAAGCACCUGUUCCCUGACAGCGACAUACCGAUAGUUACGUUCUACAUUACGUUAAGAUCCGUUAAUGUAGAUGACAGAAGUGGUAAAUCGUAAACAGGCUAAUAAUACUGUCAUUUAAAAGGAACAUAUUAGAUAAUUGUUGGUGUAUCAGUCACUUCCCUACAUCAGCAUUUGAUAGUGCGUAUAUAUAAUUUAUCACGAUUCAUUAAUCAUGUGACAAUAAUGUGGUUUUCAAAAUACAUCAUAAGAAUGAUAUAGAAAUUUUCAUUAAAGAACAUUUUGUGGCAAUGAACCUUGUAUUUCACGAAAUGUUUUAAAAAUUCGCAUUUUAGUGAACUAUAUGGAAGUAAAUUCUAUAAAUGAUAAGUUCUAAGAAAGACAACUCGAGCACAAUGUGCAGCGACAUUUCUCUCGGAUAACACAUUGUAGCAAUACCAAACUGCUUGCUUGCAAUCAUGUUUUCAUAUUUAUUUUGAAAAUGUCUGACUUUUUGUUAAACAUUCUUUAAACAUUAUAUUUGCAUUCACAUGUUUUUAUAUUUUAUGUGCGAUCUUAAAUAAUUAUAAAUGUAAAUAAAUUAAAAUAGAAUGUUGAUUUGUUUACAUUGUUGUUUUAUUGAAUAAAUUUUUAUACCGAA